AUGCAAUCCGCCUUACGGAUUUCUACUUCAAAUCCUACUUUCAAUUUGAGCUCGCGAUGGGAAAGACAAACGAAAACUCAGUUCUUUCUUCCGAUUAAGCAAAACCUCUGUUUUAGAAGAACCUUAGAGCUACCAAAUUCGUUGAAGACUUCAUUCCACUUCGAAUUCGAAGAGGAGAAAUUGAAAAAAGAACUUGAACCCACAACAUCCACGCUACUUCCGGUCAUUAUUCGACAGUCUGACGGUGUUUCCCGAUACUUUUGGGAUGGUUUUUGCGAAGUUGCAGUUUGGGUAGUCUUCAGUUCUGCUCUUCAAGUUCUUGCUACGCAGGCAAUGUUCAGGGCAAUUGGAAUUGGAUAUGCCCGUUCACUUCCAUCUGCAGCAGCUCUGAAUUGGGUUUUGAAAGAUGGGCUUGGAAGGUUAAGUAGGUGCAUCUACACUGCUAGUCUCGCUUCUGCAUUUGAUACAAAUCUGAAGAGAGUUAGGUUCUUGACAUCGGUUGUUUUCAGUUUGAGCAUUGGUGUUGAGUUGAUGACUCCUGCUUUUCCACAAUACUUUUUGCUUCUUGCAUCAAUCGCCAACAUUGCUAAGCAAAUAAGCCUCGCAUGUUACCUAGCAACUGGUACAGCUGUCCAUAGAAGCUUUGCAGUAGCAGAUAACCUCGGUGAAGUUUCUGCAAAAGCACAGAUUCAACAAGUCUGCUUUGACAACCUUGGUCUUAUGUUAGCUGCUGCCCUAAAUAUUAUGUUAAAGAACAACCAAAGAUUGCAAGCAGGUUUACCUUUUGUUGUAUACCCAAUUUUCACAGCCAUUGAUCUUUAUGGGAUAUAUCAAAGUUUAAACCAUGUCCAUUUGCAAACAUUAACCAAGGAUAGGUUAGAGAUAAUCAUGGAUACAUGGAUUCAAUUUGGAUAUAUCCCUUCACCAGCAGAAGUAAGUAAAAAGGAAGGAAUGAAUUUCUUCUCAAGCAAAGGGAGAUUAAAAUUGCCAAUAAGGAUCGGUUGCUUGAACCCCAAAUGCCAAAUACCACAAAUAUCAAUGAUGGCUAUGCGAUCUUUAAGUAAAGAUGAUUUCUACUUUGUAUGCAUGGAGAUCUCCUUCCAUGGGUUUCAAAGAACUGAAGGUAUCCUUAUUUGUUUACGUGAAGGAUCAAGUACUUCAGAUAUCAUCACGGGUCUCUUACAGGCUUGCUACAUCCGUGAGAGGCUAACAUACAAAAGGGAAAAAGGUGAAGAAAUUUUAGAAGGUUGCGAGUGGUUUGAUAUGGCAAAUGAGUGCAAGAAAUGUGCAAAAGAAGAUAUGAAGGUGGUGAAUGAGAAGAUGGUGGAAUUAGGUUGGGCUUGUAAAAAUAUUUUGUUGAGCACAGAUGAACAGACUAGGUUUAGUUUUGUAAACGAUUAAGAUUAGUUGGCUUGUGGUAUAAAAACAGUGUAUGUGAAAUAUUUAUUCCUUGUUUUCUAUAUCUUAUUGAUGCGUUAGAGAUUUAGGGUCGGGAUUUUACUUAAUGAUCAUUAGUUUUGUGAUUAAUUAUGACUUGGUUCGAAAGUAUUGG